CCUCGCCACAUCCUGCAAUUAUGGCAACUUCGUGGAAGAAAGCUAAACGUUGUAGCCACUAGUGAAAGGAAACUGCAUAUUAUUAUUUUUUUCUGUGAAGAAUUAGUAAAACAAAGAUACACAACAUAUUUUAACAGCUCCAUUUUCAUUUGUGAUUAUUAAAAACACAAUUAAAACGAAUGCUACGAGUUUAACAAGAAGUAACUUAGGAAACCAGUUUUUCUUGGGAAGAAAUGUAAAGGUCAUUUGAUCAAAGGGAAAUACCAUCCUUUAGACAAGUCAAUUCUUUACAUUACUAUAUGAAAAUUUAUUAAAAUUUCCUUUGAAAAAUUUACCAAAAUGAAAUUUCAUUUAAUUCUUAUCUGUCUGCUAUCAUCAAAAGAAAUUUCGGGAAUCGAAGUGAAUUUUCCCGAAGAAACAAAGCGUUGCCACGAAAAACUCGGAGAAAAAGGCAUUUGCAUCGAAUUUGGAAAGUGUUCGAUUGCAAAAGAACUCAUAAAACAAAGGAAAAUCCCUGUGCCUUGUGGAUUCUCGGGAAUAGUACCAUUGGUAUGUUGCGCAAUUUCUUCACUUCCCGGGCAACUCGUCAGAGAAUCCGAAUGUGGAAUAAAACACCUGGAGGAAGAAGAAAGAAAUUCGGGAAUUUCUUUUCCUUCAACGGAAUCGUCCGAAUAUGGCGAUUCCAUAAUACAGCCAAGAAAAUUAAACAGAACUCUUGAAAAUAAACAUGAAUUUCAACAGGGAAAUUUUCCUUGGAUAGUUUCAGUCAUUAGAAAGAACGAUUCAGCAGUUAUUUGUCUUGGUUUUCUCAUAGACGAAUUCCGAAUCAUAACUGCUGCUCAUUGUUACUCGGAGGCAAGUACAGCAGAGCAUUACAGCAUGUACAUUUUGAAAAAUGGAAGUAGGAAGUGGUACGAAAUUGAUGAAGUGAGAAUCUACGAAGAGUUUAAUGGCUACUACGACGAUAUUGCAAUAUUAAAAUCAUCGUCUGCAAUAUCCGAAAUCCCGAUUUGCUUACCAAAGACGAUAAACGAGAUUAAUUUAAUAGGAAGGGCUGCAGUUUUUAUAGGUUGGCUGAAUGGUGACGAUGACGAUGUUAAAAUGGUUUCUGAAGAAAUGCAAAUUGCAGACGUGGAAGUUUGCGAAAAAGAUUACUCGAAAUUUAUCGUUAGCCCUUUUCCUUCUGGAAUUAAGGAAGAAUCUAUAUGUACUUACUCGUUAUAUCCAGAUACAGAUACUUGCAAGAAUAAUUCUGGAGGUUUGUUAAUGUUAGAAGAUGGAGGAAGGUGGUUUGUCGUCGGGAUUCAAACCUUUGCAGCACCUUGCGAUCUUCAGAAUAUUCCAAUCGUUUAUACUAACGUUUCACAUUAUUUAAACUGGAUCCAAUAAAAUCCUAGAUUUUUACCAUAAUUUAUUUUGAUUUUUAUAAUUAAAAU